AUGCUCAAGCUAAGUGAGUUGCUUGGUAAAACAGCCAUAAGCAACCUGCAUUUGAACUUCAGAUGUGAAAAGAUUUGGGUCAAACCAGAAGGCCGGAAGCAAUUGUUACCGGUGUUCCGCAAACUAAGUUUUGUGAAUUUGUUCAACAUUUCCGAAGAAUACGAUCUGAAUUGGACGAUGUUCAUACUCCAAGGCGCACCCACCCUUAAGGAACUAUGCAUUACGGUGCGGGAUCAUUUAUGUGAAAUGACAAAGGGGAAGCGGAGGUACAUGCAUGAGUUUAGCGAGGAGAAGGACAAAGGACUGGAGUGGGAACCAUCUGCCCUAGAUUUCAAUCACCACAGCCUGGCUGAGCUCUGUAUCUAUGGGUUUCGGGCAGAAGACAAAUUUGUGAGGUAUGCCAGAAACAUCAUGGAGGCAGCGGUGAACCUGGUGGCUGUAAACCUGUAUAAGAAUCCAGGGUGUGAGAAAUGCAAGCGCAGGCUUCCAAGUGGGUGGACGUGGACGGAGAUGCUGUUGAUUAGAGACAAAAUCAGCAAGGGUAUGUCGUCAAAUGUUGGGGUUCGCUUCCCGAGUUGA